GUUUCAUUUCCAUUCCUUUUCAUCGCUACUUCUCUGCAAAAUCCCUGGUCUUUCCUUUCCUCUCCUCCCAUCAAAAGUCUCCAAAUCCUCCCUUUUCUUUCAAACCCUAACCCUAAUUCUCGCAGAACUCUUUUCGUAUAUCAUGCGUCGAUCCUUCUGCCGAUUCGGAUCUGGAUCAUAGACAAAUCCAACCGUCGAUUGUCGUCCAUCAAGCCGAAGUGUAGAAGAAAAUGACGCGGCGUUGUUCGCAUUGUAGCCAUAAUGGCCAUAAUUCAAGAACCUGCCCUAACAGAGGCGUGAAGAUCUUCGGGGUCCGACUAACGGACGGAUCGAUCCGGAAGAGCGCCAGCAUGGGGAAUCUAACGCACUACGCAGGGUCGAGUAAUACCGGCGGGAACAAUCCCGGAUCACCGGUGGAAAAUCCCGAGCCAGCUGCAGCGGCGGACGGGUAUGCGUCCGAGGAUUUCGUCCAGGGGUCGAGUUGCCGGGAGCGCAAAAAAGGUGUGCCAUGGACUGAAGAUGAACACAGGAUGUUUCUACUUGGCCUGCAGAAGCUGGGAAAAGGUGAUUGGAGAGGGAUAUCUCGCAAUUUUGUAGUGUCAAGGACACCCACUCAAGUGGCCAGUCAUGCUCAGAAAUAUUUCAUUCGCCAAACCAAUGUGACUAGGAGGAGGAGGCGCUCUAGCCUGUUUGAUCUGAUAGCGGAUGAAUCAGUUGACACUCGGGUAGCACACGAUCUCUUCCCCAUGAGCAACCAACAACCUGAAACACAAACUGACAUGCCAUUGCCAGCACCUCCACCUUUGGAUGAAGAAUGCGAGUCAAUGGAUUCUACCAACUCUAACAGUGGAGAGGCUGUUGUUCCCAAGCCAGAAAUUUCAGAGUGCAGUUACCCAGUAAUAUUUCCUGCCUAUUUCUCGCCAUUCUUUCCAUAUCCAUUCUCCGUCUAUCCAGGUUACACGGUGGGGACAAUGGAGAAAGAGAUGCAUGAAGUUGUGAAGCCAACAGCAAUACAUUCAAAGAGUCCAAUUAAUGUUGACGAGCUGAUGGGCAUGUCGAAACUUAGCCUGGGAGAAUCCCUUGGCCAGCCUUCACCCUUCUCGCUAAAACUGCUUGAAGGGUCUGCCAGACAAUCUGCUUUCCAUGCGAACCCAGCCACAAAUGGCUCAAGCAUGAACUCAAGCUGCAGUCCAAUCCAUGCAGUCUAGUGGGCCCAGCAACAAUGUGGGGCCCGAAACUUUUGAAGUUAGCUCAGUGCUGAUAAUUCCUGGAGAUUUCCUGUUUACAUAAUGAAUAAACUGCAACAGUUACUUGUAUCCUUUAGUUUAUAUAUUUCUACUAUGGAGGUUUGCAUUAA